GAGAAGCCAGAAGGCAUCUUGGACUGAUAUGGUCAAGAUCCAGACUUGGCAUUCACUGCCCCAGUGCAGAACGCUCUGAAACCCUCUUCUGAUCCCCCCUCGCUGUUAUUAAACGAGAGGGAGACAUUCAUAUUUAUCUGAGCACGAAGCAGACCAAGCACCAUGGUGGGGAAGAGCCCCCUGGACCCUAGUGACACCAGGAAAGCGGUUCUCUUGGAGCCUUUCGUCCACCAAGUUGGGGGCCACAUGAGCAUGAUGAAGUACGACGAGCACACGGUCUGCAAACCCCUCGUCUCCCAGGAGCAAUGGUUCUACGAAUCGCUGCCCCUGGCCAUGAGGCAGUUCACACCUCAGUACAAAGGUAUCAUUUCUGUGCACCUCAAAAAGGACAGCCUUGGCAACCUGACCCUGAUCGCCAGCCCCAGCCUGCAGACGGAGAACUGUAGCCUGCUGGAUAACACGAUCAGCGAGUCGUCAGUAACGAUAUGGCACAAGUGCAAGUGGGCCGCCAGCAGCAGCAACAGCAGUGAGCAUGCGCUCGUCAAGUGGAGUCACACACAGCUCUCCAAGACCCUUAAAGACAGCUGCCCAGGGAAAAUGCUAUUGAGGACAGACCUUCAAUACUGUACAGAUUCACUCUUGGAAGAUGCAAAUGGAAAUCAGCCUGAAAGAAACAACUACAACCCCUGGGGACUGCACUGUCACAGGCAGCACCUGAACCGCAUGUCCUCCAAAUAUAACGAGAACAAACUUCAUCAGUUUCUCUUGCUUGAAAAUGUGGUAUCAAAGUACAACUAUCCCUGCAUUCUGGACCUAAAGAUGGGAACCCGGCAGCACGGAGAUGAUGCCUCAGAGGAGAAGAAAGCACGUCACAUCAAGAAGUGCGAACAAAGCACCUCUGGGUCUCUGGGUGUUCGCAUCUGUGGAAUGCAGGUUUAUCAAGCUGACACUGGCCAGUUUCUCUGCAAAGAUAAAUAUUAUGGAAGAAAACUCACACCUGAGGGAUUCAGGCAAACCUUGCGCCAGUUCCUUUGCAACGGUAACCACCUCAGAAUGGAGCUCUUGGAGCCCGUCAUCUUGCAGCUAAAAGCUCUGCUUUCAGUCAUUAGGAAGCAAAGUUCUUAUAGGUUCUAUUCCAGCUCACUUCUUAUCAUCUAUGAUGGACUGGAGAACAAGGAGAACACGGCACCGCUGGAUACUCACCUUCAGGGGCACUUCCAAAGAACAAACUGCACCACGUCGAACAGCACUGGUCACUCCAAAGUCGAUGUCCGCAUGAUAGACUUUGCCCACACCACUUUUAAAGGCUCAAAAUGCAAUCACACCACUUACGACGGGCCAGAUCAUGGCUAUAUUUUUGGCCUAGAGAAUCUCAUCAAAAUCCUUCAGAAUAUCUCAGAAGGAAAAUGACAAAUUCUGUGAAAUAGCCUGGAUCUACUAGUCAUAUCCUUGACAAGUACUGCACUGGGUCAGUUGUAUGGGACCCUCACUCACAGUGGCUAAACGUCACGUGCACGGUUUGGAAUGAGAGCAUGGACAGCUUGCUAGGAAAGUGCAAAAAUGCUACGUGCCAUUACUGAACUCAAGCAUAAAAAGCAAAGAGCUGAAAGAAUCUGUUCUUGUCUGCAAUCAAUCAGAAGAUUUAUUUUCCUUUCUUGUUUUACUGCUAUCCUUGAUUUAUUUGUGAGCCAGAAGAAAGCAUUACUUGAAAGAGUCUUAAUGAUAAAAUAGGACCUGCUCACCUCCACCACACUCACAAAGCCAUGCAGGCUAAGAAGAUAUUGUGCAUUUGAGUGAGACUAUUUAAAUGAGCUGGCAGGUCUUAACAGAUUGCAGCAUUACUUUCAACUCCUGCUCAGUGCUAUGGGCUGAGCACGCUCAAAGACGCAAGCAGAAGAAUAAUACACCCCCUGACAUUCACGGUACAGAUGCCCAGCGCUGCAAGAGCGUAGGGCGUUCUCUGUACAGUGUGGGUAUACGGUACUUUGUUCAAACACAAACGUAUUAGAUCCUGCAGAGGCCCCGGCUCUAUAGAACUUAGGUGUAAAAGCAGCUGGACCUCAGACCAAGAACUGUACAUUGCCAAGGUUUAAUAUCCCUGUGGGACAUAACAGGGCAUAUUUCGGUAAUUUUCUAAGCAAGGGCUCCAUAGGAGCUGGAGCUAUGAGAAUGUGAUGAUUCUGCCAGAUACCAGUCAUGAAAAAAUUCACAUCACGGUAUUUUUGCUUCAAAAAGGCAUGUGAGAUUGAGUCAGCAACUAGACACUAAAGGUCACCUAGAAAUUCUUUGGUAAAAAUAUUGUAUGUGUUUGGAGGAGACAAUAACAACAACAAACUUGAUACAACAAUGUUUACAGCUUUUGUGGACAGAUUUUAAUUAUGGAACAACAAUAUAAUUCCUUCCUGCAUGGUGUGGGAAACUUGAAAGAGAAAUCUUUACACUGGAAUAGCGCUACAGAACCCCCCAGUUACUGGGGAGCUGGAGCAUGAAUAAAAUUGUCUAAGUAA